CAACAUGCUGCAGUUAGACCUUCAUAUUUUGGGACCGCCAUUCUCCAUGGAGAAUCGGGAGUCGAAUCCACUUCCAUGCAGAUUGCUACCUCAUCCUCCCCUAUCGCUGAAUCUCCUCCCUCAUGCAAAGGUAGUCUUCAUAAUAAAUAUGUUCAGCGGCAGCCAUCAGAGAUUCUUACUCGGCACCUACAACAUCAAAUUCCACAAGCUGCUUCCUUAGACAGAAAACAUUCCUCGAUUGAGAGCAACUCAAACGUUCAUUUGGGGGUUAUUGCUGAUGUAUCUGAGCAGUGUCUCCUCCAGGUACCCUCUCUUACCUCAGCAUUAAAAAGCUCAACCGAGGCACGGGAUCUUAUCUCUUCUCCCUUAGUUAGUAUUUACCCAGAUGACUCUCUAUUCGACAACGUUGCUGAAACUUGCAAAGCUCUAGGACCUACGUUCGAGCCUAAAUACCCUAUCAGAGAAAGGACUAUCGAUUUAUGUAAGCAGAGACUGUCUUCAUCAAAUAGUAACAACUCAUUCCCACUUGCUGUUGACAUCGUAUCUAAUCUUUCGUCUACCUCUCUGGUUACUCGCGAUGAUCCGACCCAAGCCAAGAAUUUUUCCAGUGGUUAG